GUAACAUUAGUUUGUAAAGAGCACAUUUCUACUUCUCACUUGCUUAAGUUUCAGAAUCAUGAGUAACGGUAAUAAUGACAAGUUGUCGGGAGACGAGAAUGGCCGGUUCGGUCGGUCGAACAAUUUUGAAAAAGAGGAUUCCAAAUCUAGAGUUCGAACGGAAAUCGACGUGAAUAUGCGAACCUUGGGAAUAAAGGCAUCAGUGACUAUUGACAAUAAUAGUUUCUCAUUACGUCGAUCGAGCAGUAGAGAGGGAGAAGGUCCAUCUAAUCCCGUCAAUCGUAGAUACGCCUCAGCUGGAGAUGGACAUAGCCAAAACUUCCAGAGAAGCAAUCACGAACCAUCAGUGCCAUCGUCCGAAAGAAGCGAUGUCGAAAAGACGAAACUCUACAGAACUCGCGCAUUUGCAGGAAAAGAUAACCAUUCAAAUGCCUCUUUAUCAUCUCGAUCCCAGGGUUUCGAGGAGUCGUUUCAGAUUUCAAUAAAUGAGUCAGGAGCUCGGUCAAAGUCGAAGGCUUGUUUCAAGCCGGCAGCAAACGUUGAACCUUCUAAUUCUGAGUACUCCCAACUUGAGAAUGGGCUGUUCUUGCUCAACGGUGUUGAGUACACUCAAGAAGAACUCGAUUUUUUACUUGAAAACUCAUUACCUCAAUGCAAGCCACAACCGCAGGUGAACUUAGCGUCACGACAACCAAGUGCAACUGAUAUUGCACCGUCACGAAAGCGGCACAAUCCUCCGAAAGAAAGUUACAACGAACGACCCGCUAUCGCAUCACAGAAAGUUGACAUGUCUGCCGGUGAAUCAAGCCUGGGUCUUGAUGUUCGUGAAGACUUGGUUCACACGUUGGGUGACGUGAAGAAACUUGGAAAUGACAUCUACGAUAUAGGUGGCUUGAUGUUAUCGAAAAAAGAAUUUGAGUUCAUCAUGAAUCAGUCAGGUCCUGACGUCUGUUCAACGACCUCCCGAGGUUCUUUCUUGGGCGCCACUUCAUCACCUCGGACGUAUGAAGAAACGUCCAACGAUUCAUCGUACGGUGAAUCCACCCACAAAAACUUUGUAGCUUACCAGCAGAUAUUUCGGAAACAACCAUCUACUGCUGCUGAAAAGCUGCUGGCCGCCAGUUCCCAGGAGCUGGAGGUCUCGCCGUACCUCGGAGAAGAGCUCGCCAAGUGCCCCGUGUGUCUGGGCGGCCUCAGUGAGGCGUCGCCCCAGCAAGACCGCGCAAGCACAUCACGUGGCCUGGUUGGUGCAGUGAUGCUGGCUAACUGCGGCCACUGCUUCCACUGCUGCUGUCUACUGCCGCUGCUGCUGACGGCGGCGCAGAGCUUCAGUUGUCCGGUCUGCCGGACGCUGCACGGCGCUGUCACGGGCACGCAGCCUGUCGGGGGGCGCAUGAGCAGCAGAGUCGAGAACUUUAGCCUCCCAGGGUUCCCGUCCUCGGACACCAUCGUCAUAUUAUAUGAGAUUCCUGAAGGAGUUCAAGGGCCAGAGCAUCCUCAUCCUGGGCAGCCUUACCACCUCAAUGGCUUCCCUCGGAAAGCCUACUUACCAGACACGCACAAGGGCAAUAAGGUGUUAGCUCUUCUUAAAACUGCGUUCGAGCGACGGCUGGUCUUUACCGUGGGGUACUCGGCUACCUCGCUGCAGCCUGACUGCGUCAUAUGGGGCGGUAUUUCCCACAAGACUUUAGUGAAAGACGCCAAGUUCGGCUAUCCUGACGACAAGUAUCUGGACACUGUAUUGAUGGAGCUAGCAGCUCUGUGUGUCGCUUAGACCUAAUAGUUCUCAAAAUCUUUGAUGCUCUAGGUGUGAAGUACUCGAUAACUUUAUUCGUUUGUUUUGAAUCGAAACUAAAGUUUCUUAAUGGACAUUCUCUUCAUAAAUUUCCCAGUAUUUGCGUUUAGUUUUUGCUAAAAAUGUACAUUACCAACCAACGUGUCACAAUCAUGUCCUACUCAUUCGGUGACAUGACAUGGUUAUGUUCGAACAUAUAAACAUUAGUUCGUUUCUGAGGAAAGAAUAUCCGGAAUCAUGACGACCAGAUAAUAAUGUAUAAAUGACUCAUAAAAUAAUGGUAAUAUUAGUUGAUGUACAAAUUGCUCUGUCUAUGAUGAGUGAUUGAAGUAACAGUGAUGUAGGCAAUUCUUCUUACUAUUGCAUCAAAGGUGUUUAAUGCUCGGUGCCUAAUCCUCUAUAACGACUACUAACAACACGCAGACAACACACUACCUAUCAUAACACUGUAUUACUUGGUGCGUGAGGUUACAUAAAUAUUUUGCAAGGGAAUGUUUUCAGGUAGCGACUUAAUUGCUGUUUGUGGUGUUCGAUUUUAUUAGAACGAAUAUCACAGGUUUGGGACCACUGUUUUGGGGUCCAGUUUUUGAUUUGGAAUAUUGUUGGUUACUUUAUACCAGUGAGGAAAUAAAGUGACUAGAUACGUCCUUGGAUGUCAAUAUCAUAGCACUUCUACUUCAUAUUAUUACAUAUUACAUUUAUUUUAUUUACAUAUUCCGUAUUACAUACCUAUUUAACUACUUGAGUUAUCGUUUCGAUAUGUGCAUCAUAAAAUUAUCUUGAGUUUAUUCAUAACUCCUGAAUCUUUCAUUCACGUGCUAAGUAUUCGUGAAUAGAUAUUUUUUCUUUCGCUUGUGUCGAAAAUGAAGUCUGAGCAUAUCGCCAAUUGUGGGAAUAUAUGAAUAGUGUUAUUCCUUUCAAUCCGAUUCACACAACCGGUUAAUUUAUGUUCAUUAGUCAAGUGAAGCUCCCAAUUUUUAAAAUAUUCUCCAGUUACAAUAUUUUCCUAGUGAAUCAUGAUUUUUUAUCUACUUCUUAUCAGGCACAGCCGCGGGAAUGAUCUAUUCUUGUUUUAUUAGUUCAUGAAAUUGAAUUACGCCUUCGGUGACGCAUAGAGGUUUCGAAAAUUCUUUAAAUUUUUCAGAAAGUUGUUUUCAAUAUUUUGUUUUCACUCAUUGUAAGUUUCUUCUUAAGUACAGUGUUCUUGUUUAUUCA